GCCGGCACUCCACAUGGGCUGUGUGUGUAGAAGGCAUGUGUGAACCAAGAUCUCUUGUGUGUUGCAGCCAUCUGACUCAGACUUCUUCGUGGCUGCCACCCGCAGAGACCUGGUCACAAGCAAGUGGAGGAUUUCCAUACGGGUGGGAGCCUGCAACUGACAGUGAUGGGAAGCCGUACUUUAUCAACCACCUCAACAAGACAACCACAUAUGAGGAUCCUCGCAAAGAUUGGACGGAGGAGCCUCCUCAACCAAGGCAGGUGGAGCUCAGCAGACACCCCGAACUGGGAUUUGGAUUUGUUGCUGGUUCAGAGAAACCUGUCAUUGUUAGGUUUGUCACAGAAGGUGGUCCCAGUGUUGACAAAUUGCAACCAGGUGACCAAAUAUUAAACAUCAAUGGAGAAGAUGUAAAGAAAGCACCACGUGACCAUGUUAUUCAGCUGGUACGUUCCUGCAAGGACACAGUCCAACUCACUGUGUGUCAACCUCCUCUUGACAAUUCUGCAAGAAAAUCAGCUCUUCUUAGUGCUGCCAAAAAAGCAAAACUUAAAUCAAAUCCUUCCAGAGUCCGUUUUGCUGAAGGUGUGGUUGUCAAUGGAUCACCAUUGUUUCCUCCAUCAACGUUUUCCAUGGGAGAUUCUUCAGUACCAUUCAUGCCCAAUGUUUUAAAAGUAUUUCUGGAAAAUGGACAAACCAAAUCUUUUAAAUAUGAUUCUAAUACAUUGGUACGAGAUGUUGUGGAAUCCUUACAUCAGAAAUUGUGCAUCAAGGCAAUGGAGCAUUUCUCACUAGUAGUGGAACAUGUGAAAAGUCUCCGCCGGAAUAAACUCACACUAUUGGACCCUCAAGAACAUCUUGCAAGAAUAGCAGCUCGCCCUGGCUCACACAAUUUGCGUUGUCUAUUUAGAGUUGCCUUCGUGCCUAAAGAUGCUUGUGAUUUGGCACAAAGAGAUCUUGUGGCCUUUGAGUAUUUAUAUAUGCAGUGCUGUAAUGAUGUGGUUCAGGAAAGGUAUGCCCCAGAGUUAAAAUAUGAUAUAGCUCUGAGAUUAGCUGCACUGCAUAUUCACCAGCAUGCUAUUUCCAAUAAUAUGACUGGAAAAGUAACUGUCAAAGCAAUUGAGAGAGAAUUUGGAUUAGAAAGAUUUGUCCCUGUGUCACUCAUGGGGACAAUGAAACGCAAGGAGUUGAGAAAAUUAAUUAGUCAUUUUUUGAAACUCAACCACAAUCUCUCUCCAUCAGGCCAAAAAAGUCUGACUAGUUUGCAGGCAAAGUUAUAUUAUCUUAAUAUCAUCAGUGAGUUACCAAGUUAUGGAGCAAAAUGUUUCUCCACAAACAUUCGAGAUUCCAAUAUGGAAAGAGUUAUUUUAGUCAGCCCUAAAUUUGGAAUAAGUCAGAUAACUGGUUUAAGGAAUACUGUGCCUGUACCACUUGCUGAUAUUGAACAAAUGAGUCUAGUCACUGUUACUCGGGAAGAUGAACUUUCUCGCUGUGUGAGAAUACACAUUCCUGCCCAUGAAGAGAAGGAGUUGGUACUAAGCUUAGAGGAUCGAGAUGCUGAAGAAUUGGUGCUGGUGUUACAAGGAUAUUAUCAUGUUUUAGUUGGUAAACCAUUGGCAGUUCAUAAAGAUAAGGAUCCUGCUUGGUGUGAAGAUACAGCUCCUUCGUACCAUUCUCAGCAUCAGGUAGUGCCUGCUAAGUGGAGCUAUGCCACAAAAGACAAUAACCAGCAUUAUGCUGUAUUUACAAUGCCCCCACCAUAUCACCCUCAACAUGCAAAAUCAAAUGGCCACAUACCCUCACAGACAAAACCUUUAGUAAUAGAUACUGCAAAUUCUAGCAGACCUGCUUAUGGAGUUGAUAAUAAUAUGAACAACAUGCCUGGAAUGAUUGCUAUGAAUGGCAGUGUACCUCGUGAUUAUGAGGGAUACACUGCAGAAGAAACCCGCAGAGCUGUCAUGGCUCAAAAACUUGCAGAUUAUGCCAGUACCCAUAAAAUGGGUUUUGAUUUGCAGAGUGUUGUUUCUAUGGAAAUUCUGGAAAGCAAUGGUGGCUUUGCAGAAGCAAGAAAUGAAGAGGUGUUGCGCAGAGUGGCUGAGAUGCAGGAAUUGGUAAACAGUUCAGAGCAGUACCUAACUGAGCAGCAGCAGCAAAUCCAGCAGCAACAACGAGAGCAGCGAGAGCGGGAAGAAAGUGACUCGGAAAGCUCUCAUGUGUCAUCAAUGGAUGCUGAUGCUCCUGGGCAAUUAAAGCACAGUGAUUCCCUACUACUGCUCACUCAGGUGAAUAAGGAAUAGGUAACUGCUGCAGUCCAAAAUAUAGAUCUCGGUGACAAUGAGCCCUCUGAAAGUGAUACUGAUUCAAUGAGUACUCCAACCAAUAGCCCCUCUCAUAGACCUGUACCAGGAAAAGAACAUGGAAAUUACAACUCUACAUCUGUUCUGAAACCAAGUGGCUCAAGUUUUGGCCUCCAUAGUCCAGAUAAUCUUUUGCCUGUUGGAUACAGAAGUAAUGAUCAUAACUUACAAGAUCUAUUAAAAAGACUUCAAGAAGACAAUACUCUGCCUUACAACUUUGCUGAAGGAACUUUGUACUUGGAUCCAGAUAUCAUUGAUUUAACUAUGAUACCACCACCCAUUACACCAGAUGAGGUACCUACUGUCAUUUACUUUGUUCCUGUAGAUGGAGUAUAUGGACUACCACCACAACUUAGUAUGCCUCCCACACCAUUUGCUGAUCAUUCUCCUCUUGAAACUGAACUUCAAAUGGCACAGCUGAGAAGCAUGCCUAAUGGACCAAACUGGGAUUUCUCUAAUGGUACAGUCUUAGGACAGGAUUUGUUACUUGAUGGCUUAUUGGCCCAAGAAUUUGUUAAAAAUCUGGGCCAUCAUGCAGUAUCUUCUGCAUCAGCAGAGGUGGACCAACAGUUAGCUGGACUGGAUCUCAAUCUUGACUUUGAAGCCUUCCUUGCUACAGUUACUGUACCACCUCCAACCCAGCAGACAGCACCUUCAGUAGAACUUACUCCUGAAGAAAUUAUGUCAUUCAUCAUUCCCCCUCCGCCUCCUGGAGGAAAUGAAGUGGAUGCAUCAGAAGUGGAUGCUGCUCAUGUUGCAAAUCCAAAUUCAAAUAAAAAGUUGGCAGCAGAAAAAAGCACGUUAAGAAAUGGCUUUGGGAAUGCAUCUGUUUCUCAGUCAUCAGGUGGGAGUGCAAAACCCGUAAUAGAGUACUCCACCCUUCCCCGUAAAGGAGGUGCAUUUUCUUGCUGUGGGAAGUACCGUGAGAGCCCAGAGAAAAGCUCUGCAGGUAGCAUGCCAGUGAUUCAGCCACCACCAAGGAAUGGGCAAGACCUGUCCAAGCCCCCAGCGCGUCCUCCUAAAUCAGAACACCACUUUGCCACCCUGAGAAGGGGUAGUGGGAGUUUGGAGGCAACAUUGCACCAAAGAAGUAAUUCUGUGGGAUCCGGGGGUCAUGAAAACGGGUUGGGUAUAGAAGUUCCACCUCCAACACUGCCUCCCCGCAGUGAAUACCAGACCCCCCCAAAUGCUUGGCUGCCUCCAAAAAAGCCUCCUCUUCCUCCUGUGCCAUCUCAGGAUGUGCUGAAGAGAUCUGCUCUACGAAGCCCUGUUCCUGUCCCAAAGGGGAUCAGACCUGACACCAGUCCCAAACCAGGACUCAACAAUUCAUCCCCUGUACGAAAUGGACACAUAAUUUCUCGUUCUGGAAGCUCUGGCCAAACCCAGUCCAGCCGAGAAAUUUUACUGGCCAAAUCAAAUGCCACCAUUGUAGGUUUGUUGGAGAAAUUGGAUGCAGUUGCAAACCAGUGCUCGAAAGCCCAGGCUGCGGGAGGAGGAGUGUGUAUGGAUGAAGCAAAAUUUCAAGUAUCCAAAGACAAGUUGACUAAUGAAGCUCGGCAACUAGUGACUGCUUCUAAGCUGUUUGUGAAAAGUGUGACAGACAAUGCUGAGCAGGAGUUGCCCAUUAAUCUAGUUACCUGCCUUGGUCACCUUACACAGCUUGCAGAAUUAGCUGCUGAGGCUACUGCUCACACAACAGCACCUUUACAAACUAGGAAUCUGGUGCUUAAGGUGCGAGAUGUUAUUUCUGUGUUCAGAGAGACGGCCAGUACUGCACUUGGGGCAAAUGAAGUAGCUGAGUCACUUUUGCUUCAAACAGCAGAGAACUUGGCCAGUGUACUUGCUACCUUACUGAGAAGCCUUAGGGUAUUUUCUCCAUAAAUUAGAGAGAAAAUUCUUUGUAUGUAUGUUUGUAAAUGAUCCAUGGACCACUUACUCUACAUUGUUCAGUGUAUUUUCUAGGAGCUCUAUGAAAUACGUAAGUAAUGAGUAUUCAUAUUCCCUCAUUGUACUGGCAUCACAAAAAUUUUGUGACAGAACCUUACUUUGUAAUUAUUUUUGUUGAAAUAAUAAGAGAAAAUACAUCUCACUGAGACUUCACAGCAAAUAUAUUGUUAUAUUUUCUAAAGUUAAUACAUAUCGUGUACAUUUUUCACAUAUUUUAAUUUUAGUAUUAAGAAAAUGUAUCUGUAAUUACGAUUUCAUUGUAGUAAUAUGUAUAAUUUUUAUGCAAACAUGAGCAUUAUUUUUUUUUAUAUUUCUAUUCUAAGGAAAGUUUUUCAAAAUGUAAUAUUUUGUUUGUUUGUAUAAUGAGGGUUCAUACCAUGUAAGUUUAGUAGUGUAGUUUGAUUAUUGUUGCAGUUAAUAAAACCAGAGUUAUUAAUGAGGCUCAAUAUGUAUAAUGAAAAAUUAAUUUGGUAUUAUGACAUGAAUUUUCAUGAGUACAAAUCAUUUAAGGGUGUUUAAUUUUUCACUAUGCACAUUAUUUAUUUUCAGAGGAAAACAUUUCCCUAGUUUUGUACAGUUCUGAUUUAGACGAAAGUAGUUAUACAUUGGAAGAAUAUUACUUCUCAAUCUGAUAUUUGCACUUUUAUUUUGUUUCUUCAUAUAAUGAUACAAGUAACUUGCAUCAGGCUAUUAUUCAAUAAGUAAUUUGACUAGUCAUCUUUUCAUCUCAUUGUGUACAUUUUCUUUCUUGUUAUAUUAGUUAUAUAUAAGUGGACAUUUAUAUCUCGUGAUAGAUUAUUUCCUCUUAAUUUCCUUUAAUGAAGAUGAAUUUCGAUUGACUAUGAGGAAAUGUGAACCAGGUUUCAUUUUAGUGUGGUAGUGGCAAGGAAAGUAAUUUUCUGUUCUUCAUUUGGCAAUGUCGGUAGUAGUGCAUCAUGUUGGCAAAACCGACCUCGGUGCCAUUGGUGGCUUUCUGUGUUUUAUGCAAAGAAUAAACAAAAUGUGGCGCGGCCUGCUCAAUCGAGAAUAAGCGCAUAUACCUUUUGUUAGCCAUCAUAUUAAGCCGUGAUUUCCCUUUUUCAAUAAACGAAAUGAAAUUAUAAUGCCCCUGCUUCUGAAUCAACGUUGUGUCUGCCGAUUCUAGAACCCUUAAAGAAACAUGCAAUUUCCUGCGUCGACGAUCGCGCUUCCGAUCUGGUGAUGCGAAUUUGCGUGAUCGAAAGCUCUUCUGUUUGAAUCGACAGUUCUAGUUUUCGUGAUGUAGCCUGCGGAAGUGUAUCAGAUUAUACUACAUUCACCAUCUUAAUGUGAUGAAGAUGGAUUGGAUUUCCAAAUUUCAGAACGUCAUUAUACACGACGGUGAGUGUUCCGCUUCUGUUUGUAGAUGUUGCUUCUUCAGACGUAACGUAGGCGUCAUAAAAGCGAUGUAUUUAUAUCAUGUACUCAAUGAUGAGAUUUUCAUCUCUUAUAAUACAUAAUUCGUGAUAAUAUUAGCUUAUUCCCAGGUGCCUUCAUUUACUCGUUUAUGACGCAUUGUAACCCACCUACCCCGUUGAUUUAAAAAAAAAAACGUGAGCAAUGAUUUUCAUCACCAGGUAUUGUUUUUGGUAAAAUUAACCUGUAUACACAUUUCUUCUGAAACACUCAUUUUUAUCUUCCUGUAUAUACUAUUUUAUAGAACAAUCAAAUAAAUUAUAUAGUAAAUUUACAUUAUAUUCAUGUUAACUGGAAAGACUAUUCAGGAUUUUAAUCAAAAGAAAUAAUUUUCAUGUUAACCUCUCAUAGUUGUCUUGUUGAUGUAGAAAUGAAGUCUAAGAUAUCAUAUUACAUAGUUAAAAAACUGUUACACAUAGGAAAUUUAUAUCUUCUGUCAUCUUCAGUAUGUAGUACUACCUUCAAAUUUAUAACAUUCUCUCAAAAGUGUUUUAAAUUGAAGCACAAACCAAAUGAAAAAUAUACCUGUCAAUCAAGAGGAGAAUUAAUGUGAAAUGUAAAUUCCAGCAAUAUGAUAUGCUUUCAUUGAUUUCUUAUAGUGGCACAGCUAUGUCACUGAAUUUGUACAAUUUUUGCGUUGUUUACAAGUUUGCCAUGUUCAUGUGCUAGUGAUUUGAAAGUGUAUGAAUAAUUUAUUUCCUCUAAAAAUCCAAUAAUUUUUUAUAGAUAGAUAGUUUAUGACCAUAUAAUUUGCUUGAAUAAAUAUUUAUAUUGAAAGAACACUAGUAGAAACAAAUCUAACAUUACAUUUAUCGUUUAUCUUUCACUCUUAAUAUAUAUUUUUCAGUGUUUUAAGCAUAGCUGCAAAUUGAAGAUAAAAAUUGUAGUAUAUCAGUAUUGAUUUGCCUUUUUUUGGAAUAACUUUUUGUUUAAAAUCGCUCUGCAGGUUUUCAUUACAUUAAACUGUAUAAACAUUUGUUCAAAUUUAUGCUGAAAUAUGUUCAGUUAUAUAAUCGGAAUUCUUAUUUGAGCUCUUGGUGUAGUCUUCUUGUUGAUGGUUUUUGUAUAAUUUUCAAUAAUGAAUUGAAUAUGGUAUACAAUAUUAACAUAUGGAUUAUUUCUUGUAUCAAAUGAGAUGAACAGACUUAACAAGUAUAGAGAAUCAUUGAGGUUGAUGUGACAGGAAAGGAAUUUUUGUGAGACAGAUGAAUCAUUGGUGAGACUCAAAUAUUUUAGUUUCAUCUCAUGUAGGUAACUGACUUACAUUGAAAUAAUAACAUUGUUCAGUGUCUGUGGACUGGUGCCAUGAUCUCUUUUUAGAAGAAAAUCAGGGCAAAUACUGUAAAUAGUAGUUGCUGUAUCUCGAGAUGUUGGAUGAUUGGAUUUCUUAAUACCUCAACCAAUACCACUGAAUGAAUUGCAAGAAUCUGUAUCAAAAGAAAUAAGACUGAACAAGCUUUGAGUCAGUGUGUUGUUUCAUUGUAAAGAUGGCAUUGUGUAGGAAAACAACCAGAGUUUAAAUUAUAUCUUGUUCAUUUCUAAAAUUACUGAUAAGAGAAAUUGAAAGUGUGUAUCAUGGUCAAUUUACAUGUGUGAGGAAUUCCUUCCCAACCUUACAUAUCCCAUUUAUGAAAGGCAUAUCACACUUGUCAUUAACAAAAGAAAACUGUUAUUGGAAAUAAGUAUGUCCAAGGUACUUGUAGUUGCUUCUGACAUUGUCAAGACUGAUGAAAGAUCAUGUCAGAUAAAUUGUGUUGAAAACUGAAACAGAAAUGGUGUGAUUAGUGUUCUACAAACCCAGAAAUAAACAUGAUGUAUUACAAUAAAUGUGCAUUUUAUGCAUGAAGUUCAUGUUAUUUUAUGUGCCAGAAUAUUUUUUUUUUGCAACACUUUUAUAUCAAAAUCUUACUAUUUUUUCAAAAACAUGGAAAAUUCACAAAUUAGAGUUUUUUUCUCUAGUUAGUGUUGUCUCUAGCAUCACUUCUGCUUCAGCGUUUAAUUUUAUCAUGUUGGAAACCAUCUGAUUAAGUUGUAAUCUAGCAACAAGUGUAUGUAGCCUUUGGUUCAUGUACUUGUGUACAGAAUUUUCUCAGAUAUAAGUUAAAUACUCUUGAGACAUUAUAUUUCUUGUGCAUAUGUCUUUAUUGUGGCCAUGGGCAAAUAUGCAUAGUUAUUAAAAACAGUGCUCUGUAUAGCACUUAACUAAAACA